AUGUCGGAUAUGAUCUCUUUACCAGUCCCGGAGAGACUUUCCGCUCUCCUUCCAGAAAACCGCCGUCACAUGUUGCGUGGUCAUGAAGAGAUAUCAAUCUGCCACUCCUCGAAGUUAUAUCAUGUUGUGCAAGGCUCAUCGCCCUCACGUACAUCCGAGUUCCUCGACGCCACUAUCGCUGCACUCGAAGAUGAGAUGGAGUAUAUCAGUUGCAUCCAAGAUGGACCUGUGGAGAUCACAACAUCUGGAGUACUCAGCAACGAUGCCUUUCAGACAGAGAUGGGACCUGUUCUGAACAGACUCAGGAAAACUUCAAACACUAUCGAUGUGAUGAAGCGACAGCGGUCAUCAAUCGAAGCAAACUUGAACGAUGUCAAGCGUAAAAGCAUCACCGGUCCCUUGGAUAGUGGGCUUGUCGAGAAGACACGCACACAUGUGACUGUGAGAACAGACGCGGAUGCAACUGCCACACGUGGUAAGGGCGCACCAGCCUGGGUUCGCAAACACAUCCACAACCAAAGAGUAACCAGGAUGGGGGUGGUGCGAUACUACAAUUGGGCAACUGAGUAUGAGAGGGGCUCAUCUUUUUGUCACGUCCUGGGACUUUUUAUACCUGAGACUUCAAUCACGGUAGCUUAUCUGGUACCUAAGACAAUGGACCAGGCAGAAGUGUCUCAGAUUUUUGGGGUUCAAUACGAUGUGUUGUUGUCUGAUCCACGCAAUGCAUUAUCAUUGGUCAAGCCUGUUAAAUAUUUGCUUGAAGAAGGAGUCAUUGGCAUUGUUCCAACUCGUGCCACGGGCCCCGUUCCAGGCUCAUGGAAAUGUGUGGUAUUGGAUGAGUCGAAAAAUGAGGACUUUGUGUACAAGAGAGAAUCAGGUCAAACCAUCAGAGUGAAGGACCUCAACGAUCGCGUCUUGAGUUUUCUCUCUGAGAGCCGGCCUCAGUGCCGAUAUCUAUACUUUCGAUUCUUGCUAUCAUAUCUCAAAGCCAACCGGUUGGAGCUAAGUGAUGUCACCGCAAAGGCUGAGGCGCAAAGAUUCUGGCCCUUGUCCGGAGAGUAUCUGAACAAAUCGGCACUGAAAACCUUUGCGCGAUAUGUGUCAGGUCAUGAGCUUCCUGAUCAGUUUUCUUACGGACAGGACAUUUGA